UAAAUACAUCUCAAAAUUUAUCUUCUUAGGUCCUUGCGAAUUACAAGAUUUACCAACUGAAGGACCACCGGUACGAUAUUGGCAGUUUGAACGUACACCACUGAAACAGUGGACAGCCAGGUUUUUGUGUCCUUCCGAUAUGGAACAGAAAAUUGAGCAGCGUGUGGAGCAUUUGCAAGGUGAACGAUGGGAUUACAAAGCUUGGUGGUACGAGCCAGUUUCGGCGGUUUGGACUGACUAUGGAAAGUGGGCCGCUGAACGGAUAAAAAAUCAGCCAUACGAACUUUAGGC